CAGCUGAUUCGCUGAUGUCAGUAGCUUUGGUUCACUGCUGCAUUCUCGUGGUGCAGGGCGGACCGCUCUCAGCCUCCUCACCUCAGCUCCAUCCGCUCUCUCACUCACUCACUCACUCACUCACUCACUCACUCACACAUGCAAACUGCCCCGACAACAUCAACAUGCUGGCCGUUAUUAAACGUUACGCUGUGAUACUGCUCACUGUGCUGCUGUGCUUAGUGUCGUCGGGCCACACGGGCAAAAAGCCAGUGAAGUGCCCUUCAUCCUGCAGCUGCUCCAAGGAGUCCAUCAUCUGCGUCGGCUCUUCAUUUGUGCCACGGACCACACCGGGCGAUGUCAACUCACUGAGCAUUGUGAAUGGGACCUUCUUUGAGGUCAGGGAGGCCGUGUUUGCACACAUGCCAUCUCUCCAGCUGCUAUUACUUAAUUCAAAUGCUCUUACCACAAUUAAAGAUGAUGCAUUCUCUGGCCUACCACACCUUGAAUAUUUGUUUAUUGAAAACAAUAAAAUUGAGACUACAUCAAAAUAUUCCUUUAGAGGACUCAGGGACCUGACUCAUCUGUCUUUGGCGAACAACAAUCUUAAAGCCUUGCCAAGAGAUCUCUUCAGUGAUCUGGACUCGCUAAUAGAGCUAGACCUGAGAGGCAAUGCAUUCGAGUGUGACUGCCGUGCAAAAUGGCUGAUGACGUGGCUGAAGAACACCAACGCCUCAGUGUCAGAUAUCCUGUGUGUUGGCCCAGAGGAGAUGAAGGGCAAGAGGCUCAAUGACAUGACAAGCCUCCAUGACGAGUGCAUCUCCACAGAUUUCAUUCCACUUCAAUCUGUGACCACUGAGUCUCUUUCCGUGGACACGUUUUCCCACAAGAAUGACGUGUAUGUGACCAUUGCUGCCCCUAAUAUAGAGAGCUGCAUGGUGCUUCAGUGGGACCACAUCGAGAUGAACUUCAGGAGUUAUGACAACAUUACUGGUCAGUCCAUUGUUGGCUGCAAGUCAGUGAUCAUCCAGAACCUGGUGUUUAUGAUUGUUGCCCAGCUGUUUGGUGGCUCUCACAUCUAUAAGUUCGAUGAAGACCAAAGCAAAUUCACCAAGUUUCAGGAUAUUGAAGUCUCCAAGAUCUCCAAGCCCAAUGACAUAGAGACCUUCCAAAUUGGUGAUGAAUGGUUCUUUAUCAUUGCUGAUAGCUCUAAGGCUGGUCUUUCAACCCUUUAUAAGUGGAAUGGCAAAGGUUUCUACUCCUAUCAAUCGCUGCACGAGUGGUUCCGUGAUACUGAUGCAGAGUUUGUAAACCUGGAUGGCAAGGCUCACCUCAUUCUGGCCAGUCGUUCCCAAGUUCCAGUCAUCUACCAGUGGAGCAAAAGUGCACAGAAGUUUGUGUUACAGGGUGAAAUUCCGAACAUGGAGGAUGUGGUCGCUGUCAAAGCAUUCUGGAAUAAAGAGGACCUGUAUCUGGCUAUGACACGAUAUAUUGGGGACUCCAAAGUCCUACACUGGACUGCCAAACAUUUCUCUGAGGUUCAAGCCCUUCCUUCAAGGGGUUCCAUGAUCCUUCAGCCAUUUUCCUUUAAAGAUCGUUAUUAUCUAGCUUUAGGUAGUGACUACACAUUCUCACAGGUCUACAUGUGGAACGCAGAAGACAAGGUUUUUGAGCGUUUUAAGGAGGUCUACAUUCAGGCCCCGCGCUCAUUUACUGUGGUCUCUACAUACCGCAGGGACUUCAUCUUUGCUUCCAGCUUCAAGGGGAGUACUCAGAUAUUUGAACAUAUCAUUAUUGAUCUGAGCCUUUGAGGUCUUGUAGACAACUUGUAAAAAAUGUUGAAUGGAAGCAUUUCAGCAUAUUACAAUGUCUUCCAUUUAAAAUGGGAUAUCUUCCAUGAAAGGGUUCAAAACAAUGGCUGUGAGUUCGAAAUAAGUUGUAGUUUGUGAUUUUAUCAGGUAUGUAAUGUAAAUUCAUGUGCAUGGUAAUACAUGCCUUUGUAUGAGUUUUCUUUUUUCAGGUUCUUUGCAAUUCAGCGUUUAGUCAUUUUUGUACAUCUUUAGCAGAGAUGUUUUUUCACCCAGAUGAAAAAAAUAAGAAUAUUCAUGGGGUAGAUAGCUCUAAGCAGAGCUGCUAGUUUGCAGUCAAGUCAUUUGCAUUUGCAUCACUAACAUGCCAUCUCCAGCCAUUGUGCUGUGGCACCUGCAUGAUACUGUUGCAAAGAUGAUUUCAAUCCAGGCAUGCUGAAAAAUACAGAUAUUAAAAGAAAUACAGGUGACAAAGUCUAUAAUAUUAAAUAUCCCAGUAUCUCUCAUACUUGUUCCUUAAUUUAUAUAUUCUUGCACACAUUAUUUUGCUAAAUAUAAAACCUGAUUAUUAUUAAAAUAUAAAAUAUACUAAAAAUAUAUAAAACCUGAUUAUUAUUAUUCCUGAUUAUUAUUAAAUUAUUCAAAACCAAUUACAUAACGUAUUACAUUCUAAAUGCUGAAAAGUAUAUGUAAAUGUACAGUCGGCUAAAACUUAAAUUUGGUUUGUUGCAUCAUAAAUUUAAUCUUAUUUUGCAAACUUUGAGUUACAGAUGAAAUUCAAUUUACUUUGUAAACCAAAACAGAAAAACACAUAGAAAUAGAUGUGACUUUUAUGCAGUGAAUAAAACUAAAUUUCUGUUCCAUUUAUCAUUACAUUUCAACAUUGGCCAGUAGCCUUCAACGCAUCAGUAUUCUCCCAGCAUGUUGUCAUAAUCUAAUUUGGAUGGUUAUUGAAAUGACUCGUAAAAAAAGUACAGUUAGUUUAAGACGGAUGCUGAAGAAAAAGAGAGAAGAUCUAGGGCAGCAGAUAAUAACCACUGAUAAACACCCUUAAAACCCUUAGGUAUAUUAUAGGCAUUUAGGUAAACUUAAAACUUUUUUGUUUUGAUUUGGCUGGAACCUAAAAAUAAAAUCCAUAUUUUAAAACAAAACAAAACAAAACAAAACAAAUUUAUUGUAUUAUGUCUUCAGUUUAACACUAAUUUAAUUGGUCACUAAGUCUCAUUAACAACAGUUCUGACUGUAGUUAUUUCAAAAGAACUGGGAAUGUCUGAUACCAUUAGUGCUCGCCUUCCUCAAGACUUUUGAAUGUUUUUUCCACUUACAAAAACAUUAUUGCUCACAAUAUGAUAUCUAUUGCGAAUGUCAUCUCCAAACUUUUAAUUAAAUAAUUUUGAAACAAUUUUAAUUAAACAUAAAAUAAAAGAACACCAACAAUAUUACAGGGAAAUAUUAAAAGCACAAAGUUUUAUCAUGCAUUUACUUUCUUCUUGUAUAUUUCUUGUCAUAUUAUUCUUGUAUUUGGAUUUUAAUUGAUCGGUGUUGAGUACGUCUGUUGUUUAAUUUUGAGUUCUUAAUGUUAUGAUACUGAAUGUCAAACCUAAUCAGAAAAUGAGUGUUUCAAAUCAAAAUCAUUUUAGAUGCCUACAAAAGUAGAUUUAAACACUGACAACCCUUAAAAUAUUUGCAUAUUGUAAAAGCAUGCUUUUCAGGACUGAUUGUACAACACAUUCAAUUUUCUGAUGCAAAAACUACAAAAAAAAAAAAAAAAAAGA